CAAUACUCUUCUGGAUGGUCAUAAGACCGGGCUGUGAUUGAGGACGUCAGACAAAGGGUCAAGUGCGGACUCAAGUGUGAUUUAACAAAUAUUUCGCGAAAUAGGCAUCUUUAAUCCGAAGGAAUUGUUGGAACAAGGUCUGAGUUACGUGGGGAAUGUCAUGGAAGUAAGUACUUCGUUAAAAAAUUAUCACCCCUGUGGUGAUUUUGUGGUAAACCAAUUUUUUAUAAAUAUUGUUGGAUUGCUAUCAACGAAACUUUCUGAAUUUUCACUCCCCAAAAUUUAGAAUCGUUUAGAUGAUUAAGAGACAUUUUCUUGGUCGGAAAUUUGUAAGCAGUAGAAUCGCGUCAUUAUCUCAUGAUAUAAGACUGAAAUGUUGAUCACGCUGUCGCGUGAAAACAUCAUGCGGACAUCACACCUUAAACAAGAACCAGGCGGUAUGCGCACUCCGAUUGCGUUGCAUUAUGGUAGCGUUAUUUUCAAUAUGGCGGUGAAAGUGGCAGAAACCGGCUGAUUUUUACUGAACAUUCCCUAGAAAAGUUGGGGUGUUCCUUUUUCCUUUCACCAUGGACAAAAAAUUUGAUUUAUUCUGAAUGUGUAGAAUUAUUUUUUGUACGCAUUUGUCGCGUAUUCAACGGUUCUCAAGGACAAACACAAUCACUGUUUUUUAGUAUGUAAGUUGAGACUGGUUUUCGAAAGUGUCAAAUUUGAUGUGCGUCGUAGUUUGAAGCUUUUCAAAGAUUCGGAUGGCUGCUUUGAUCUUUCUCUUACAGUUCUGAUCAAAAGCUCUUAAACGUUCUCCAACGGUACUCGUGUUUUAUGGAUUUUAACUGCUAGUGUUUGAGCGAAAAGGCCUAUUGUUGUGUGUAGUGUACUGCGUUACAUGGCGUUACUAUUGCAAGGACAUUUCCUAUGUAUACUCAAAUUGUUGUAAAUCUACUUUCUUCAGUAAAAUCAAAUUAAAUGAUCGUCGUACUGUAUGCGAAAUCUUCUAUCUUGAUCACUGAAUGAAGGACAAUUGAAUUGGCAAUGAAAGGAGUCACUUGACAAAUGAGUAACUCUACAUUGCGCAAGGCGACACGCCGCAUAAGCCGGAAAGCAAAACACAGUCGAUCAUUUAAAACAAGGUGUUAACGGGCCUAAGUGAAUCCUACCAUUCGCUGGCGGCUGCCUUCAAAUUUUAGCUCUUAUUAUGACAUUUCCUUUGCGAUGUCAUAUUAGGGUUAGUUUUAAGGUGUCAUUUCCCCAUCUGUAAGUUUUCAGAGUUUGGCAAAACAGGAUGAGAUUGUGUUACAAAAGGCAAUAUUUUCUUCUGCGUAAUUUAUUUUUGUUAUAGAGUAUUCUAUCUCUCUCGCAGAAAAUAACUCCAGAGAUACGCUUCUCAAAACCUUCAUCUAGGUAUCCUCUAGUCUUUAAGCGUAUUUCGAAUCUUUUUUAAUCUUGUCAGUAGCCCUCUGAAAACGAAGUCGUCGUGGUGGAAUGAUAGGAGUCGCGCAGGCCCGUAAACACUUUUUAACUUUCGAAGGAACGGCAUCAAACAGUGAAUCCCCAUUGCAUUCCACGUACGCUAUUCUCGCUGCCUUCAAAAAUGCUCUCUUCUGUUACGACGGUAAUGCAACGCAAUAGUGCGGACAGCGUCUAACAAUAACAGAGUAACAGAAGUAACAACUUAUUUUGAACUGUCACAGUCACUCACGGACGAGGAGACUGGACACUCAUCCAUCCCAUCAUGCCUUUAGAGUUCAUUUUAAAAAUAUAGCUUCAAUGGCGUAGUGAUUGAAGAGCUUCUUUGUAACGUUUCAGGUAAUUUAAGGCUGUAAAUAGUUUUCAUUUUUACUACGAGACGCGUUUGAUCGGCUUACUGAUGUCAUUUGUCUCGCAAGUCUGAGUUGGAUACGCUUACAGAUGCAUCUAAGCCAACAUUCGUUCGUAUAUCGCGUACCGUAUGCCUGCGGAGUGCAAGUUGACAUUCAUCAGGAGCAGAAGUUGGUACAGUUUGGAACAGAACUUGCUACUUCUUUUAAGAAAAAACUGAUUAACCCAUAAAUCGAGAGGGAUUAUACGUUUUGGUUUGAUUCUACAGCGCAAGUUAACGGAUUUUUAUUUCAUAUUUGGUCCGCCUCACAAAAAAUCCACCUUAUCUUGAGUUCAGCACUAGCUAAUUAAGCGACUCGAGCACCGAGUCUUUCAGCUAACUCGUUCACUCGUAAGUUUAUCACAGCAUUCAAAAUCACAUAUUGGAUGUCUUUUAAAACAAGAUUAAAGUUUAUGAUCUUGGAAACAGAAACAGCUCAAAAGUAGUUAAAAAAGUAAUGUGUUAUCAUUUUUCUCGUAGCUCAUAGAUGUUCAAUAUCUUAAGAGGGGUAAACAAAGUAAAAACAGAGAAUGGGCAACACUGGAUUAGGAAAACAUAAGGAUGUGCACAGCUCAGAUUCUACAUUAGAAUUUGAAACUGGCAAGAAGAUGUUCCCAAGUGGACAGGAAGCCAAAAUGGUUUCAUCAGGUGUGUGUCUAUACAUGUUGGGAGUUGACCCUUUCAUCCCAAGAUUUCAUCAGCAAUUCUCCAUACUGUUUACCAUAUAAUUCUUUUUAUUUUAGUUGGGAGAAUGUGGUAUAGAAUCAACUAAUAAUCCCCUCAGUGAUCUUUUUCUUAAUUCUGAUCACUUAUAUGCUUGAUAUUGUAUCAAUAUAGUGGGGGGAAUUUCUGUCUUGGUCACUCGUGGGAGUUAAAAGGUUAAACCCUGUACAACAAGAAACUCUUUAUCAGAUAACCUUGAUAACCUUGCAAGCUGCAGGUUCCUCUUAAACUAAAUCAGGAAGGAGAGUCAACUGUCUGCAAGAUACAUUACUGCUUACUGCUUGUUUACAGUUUGCUUGCUAAUGAUGCUUUUCUGUGGGAUUUUGCAGUGGACAUUCUGCUGUAAUUCUCAGUAACAAUUAUUGUUAUUGUCAUGAACUUGUAUUAGUGAAUUUUUUGUUGAAAUCCAAAGUAUUUGUAUCAAGGGAAAAUUAAUUUGAGGAGACCAGUAAUUGGAUGAAACAGUUGUACUGUCAAACCUCUUCCCAAAAAUCAUCUUUGGGAUGGAUGGUAGCCUCUUUUUUUAUCUUUACUGAAAAGUUCAAUUUAUCUUUUGUCAUAUUUUAUGUAGCAAAAGAGCGCGAAUUUGAUGAAAGUGACUAUGAUUUUGAUGAUGACCUCAUGGAACCAGAGCCUCCGCUGAAGAGGACUGUGCCAACAGUAUUUGGUUGGGAACAUGGUGGCCGGGAAGUUUUACUCUCAGGGAGUUUCAAUGACUGGAAAACAAGAAUUCCAAUGAAUCUUAGGUCAGUUAUUAUGAAGUCUGAGUAAUAACUGUUUAGAAUGCCAUCAGUAGACGCCAGCCUUUUUUUUUUUUUUCCAAGGACCUACAGUAUCGUACUGUAUGACUGUCAUUGUAACAACCCUUUGUUUCUCAGUCAUUCACUUUGGUUGAUUUGUUAGCAGAUUUCCUUGCCUUUGUUCAUGUUUGAUUUUGUUUUUACUAGUGACCAGCCCCUGUUAUGUACACCUUCAAUAAGUAAGUUAUUGGUGUUGAGGAUAUGCCUUAUUUCCCUGUUUGUAGCCAAGGAGAAUUCUCAGCAAUACUUGAACUUCCGGAAGGGGAGCAUGAGUAUAAGUUUUGUGUGGAUGGCCGCUGGAUCCAUGACCCAAAUGCUGUAAGUGUAUUUAACGAGACAAUAUUAUAAAGAUUGGUAACAGUACUAGGAUUAUUAAUUUGUGGUCAUGAAACCAAAAUGUUCAGCCAAAUUGGGGAUGCAAGCACUUUUAAGGGUCCUAAAAUUUUGGUGACCUUCAAAGAAUAAUUUGGUUUUGGUGACAAGGAAGACACACUCAUAGGUAAUUCACAUUGUUCAACAGGUGCUCAAAUUAGGCUAGUGCUGAUAACAAAACACAUCUAUACACUCUUGAUCACCAGUAUUUCCACUUAUCCUAAGUACAACUGGGAAAAUAAAUUUUCUAACCAGAUGAGCAAUUGGAGGGCUCAGAGCAAGAACGAUCUCUUGAUUUUUCGGCCAUUUUUGAAAGUGUUCAGAAGAAGUUGAAUUUUGGCAUGUGGACACUUUCAAAAAUGGCCGAAAAAUUAAGGAAUUGUUCUUGCUCUGAGCCCUCCAAUUGGUUUUCCAGUUGAAUUUUCAAGAAUUCUAAGCAUUUUGAGCUGGUAAUUGGAUGUACUAUAGGCUGUCAAGUUUACAGCUUACCACUUGAAAAGGAGAACACUGGAUCAAUAGGUGUUAUUAUAAAUAAUCAUUAUUGAUGACAAUCCAGAAACUGCAAGGAUUAAAAGCUGUGAUCUCCUCAUUCUAUUUUUUCAUCUUAAUAGCCAACUACAAAUGACAAUUUUGGAGGUAGAAACAAUGUGAUCAAUGUAAAGAAGUCUGACUUUGAAGUGUUUCAAGCUUUGGAGUCUGAUGCUAGUGCAAGUAUUGGUUCUGCUGGAUCAAUCAGUGAGUGCUUAUGUUUUGAUUUUGAUUUUGAUUUUAAAUUGAAACUGAGUAUUUGUAACCGAAAUAUCAUUGUAAUUUGUGCUACAAUGUACAUGUAAUCAGGGUGUAACAUAACAACCUCUUAAAAUAUCAUGUCUGGUCAGCUCCUCGAUGGCCAAACAUUUUGUCUGGCAGAUUAGGCAUUGAACCCUUUAUGUCCUAGAUCAAAUUUGAAUUCUCAUUACUAUCAACUAUACAACCCUAAUAAUGGUAGUUCAAAGAAUUUGGUAUUUGAUCAACUAAUUAUGUUCAAAUUGAUAUUUUUCUACAUUCUCAACACUAACCUGGUUGAUAUUGUAUUGAUAUUGUAAGGAGAAAUUCUGUCCUGAUCACUCAUGGGAGUUAAAGGGUUAAAGAAGAAUUUUAUUCCAAGCCAAGUUCAGGUUUUAAAUAUGGUGUAAAUUAUUUUUCAUGCAUUGGGUUUGAGGCUUCAAGCACAUUAAAAGCAUCGGUAAAUACACCUGUAUUUUAAGGAAGGAGGAUGUUUAUUGAAAUAUGAUAUAAUGGAUAUUACAUGUAUUUGUUUGGUCAAAGUGGGUUCUGUCUUUGGCUGGACAACUUGAGCAGUGCUAGCAAGAAAAUUAUAUCAAGCCUUGUAUAAUUAGACUCAGUAACAUGCUUUGUGGUUUGUUGAAAACUGUGGUAUAGUCAUGUGUUAUCUAGCCUGUUACAUGUAUUCAGUGCUUAAUCCUUUACUCCCAAGAUCUCAUUAGUAAUUCCCCUUACUAUUUGCCACAUAGUUCUUGUGAUGUUAGUUUGGAGAAUUUGGUCUUUGAUCAACUAAUAAUCCCCUUAUUUAAUAUUUUUCUUUAUUCUCAUCACUUGUCUGUUUGAUAUUGUAUUGGUAUUGUAAGAAGAAAUUCUGUCCCAGUCACUUAAAGUUAAAGUGAGUUAAAGGGUGACUUGUCAUUGCAAGUUUGAAUUUAAAAAAAUGGUGACUGAAUUUAUUUUUAUGUUUUUUUGUUAAGAAAGAAAUGUUGUCAUUGAAAUUGAAUAUUUUUUCUUUUAGAAUCAGUAUCAGGAUCUCCACCUGGCUCUUAUGGCCAACUUAUUCCAUCACAUCACAACCCUGUUAUAGUACAAGAUGGGAUGCAUUCUAGCGUACCUCCAGUUCUUCCUCCACAUUUGCUUCAUGUAAUACUCAACAAAGAUGUGGUGGAUCACAAUGACCCUUCCCUUUUACCAGAACCAAACCAUGUGUCUCUAAAUCACCUAUAUGCUCUCUCUAUAAAGGUAUGUGAUUAUUUCUGCAGAGGUUGGUUGUUCAAAGCUUGGUUAAGAUAAUCCAGGGUUACUGUAAAAGUUCAUUUCAGAUCUUAAAGCUUUGGAAGAAUAUUCAGUUUUCAUUCUUUUUGUCUACAAUUUGAUGAAUGGAUGUUCUUAAAAGAAUAAGCAAAAUCAUCCUAAAAAGGCUUUUGAACAGAAAAAUGAAGAAAAAUUUAUUACAAUUUAACCCUGGGUUAUUUCUUAUCAGCCAUUGAACAACUGGGCCUUGGUCCUAUAUACAUGUAAUUUAGUAUUAUCAACUGAGUUGAUAAUGUAAAUUGGCCACCAUAAAGAGUUAGCUAUUUGCUAUGACAAAGAGCUAAUGCUUGAAACGUCAGCUUUGAAACUUUUUACAGUGGUCAGUUCAUGUUAUCAACUCAGAUGAUAGUGCCAAACGACCCUGUUAUACUCUUUCCACUGAUGCAGCACAACAGUUUCUUUAGAAACUUUCCCCCUACAUAGAUGUGUACGUGUGGCAUGUUGCAGCUCAAUUUAAGUGUAAUCUUAAUUCUGUAUGAAGGGUACAUUAUUUAGUUGUCUUGUUAUUUUCAGUUGUUUUUGUGGAAAACUUUCUGCUUGAAAUUUCCAGGGGCAAUGCAAACCCUUUCUCUUUAUAUUUCUCCUCACAGUCUUCAUUAUAUUUCUUUGUAUAACACUUCAUCAUAAGUGUCUCCACCAUGAUAAAUAAUUGCAACCUACUUUAAUCUUAUUUCUCUGUGUUUGCUUAUACAGUUUUUAUUAUAAUGAAUCAACUCUAAUUUUCUUUUCUAGGAUGGAGUCAUGACGUUAAGUGGAACACAUCGCUUUAGGGAGAAAUAUGUUUCAACCUUGCUGUACAAACCAAUUUGAAUGGCAAGAUACAAAACAUGUUAAAAGACAUAGUGUAUUGAUAUGGACUGAAGGUGGAAUGAAAUUACGGACCUUUUUCCCAGUUCAGACAAAAUGUUUGUACUAUGAAGUACUUAGACUUCCCAUAAUACAGCGACAAUACUUGGUUUGGAAAGUUUACUUAAGGGGAACAAGGAAGGAGGAAGACUUGCGUGCACAAGCUACAUGUAACGCAUAACUCUCCUAACUAGCUUUUGCUUUGUUGCAAAUUCUGCUUAGAUAUUUAGAAAGAGGUUAUCUCAGAAAUUAUUAAUGUGCUGAUUCUCUAUGCCAUUCCAGUAUGUUAAUUUGCAGAGAGGUUAUGAGAACUGACAAGUUUAUCAGCAAGAGGGUAUUUUCUUGAUAUAGGACUAAAUUUAGUUGUCCAAUUCAAAAGGAAAUGCAUGGGAAGCAGUGGGGAGAAUUGAUCUUUGGAUCAUGGGAUUAAGGGUGAAAGUGGUGUAUUUAAUAUUUUGCCACUCCUCUGGAAGGAGUGAUUGGAAAGAAGAGACCAUGUCAUAGCACUUUCUAAUAAUUGUGGUAUUGUUAAUGAAAGAAAAUUUUGUAGCUGUAAAUUUUCAUUCAGAGUUUUACAGGAAAUGAUUUAGAAAAAAAAAUUGGGGAGAGAAAUUUAGAAGUCUAUCAGGGGUCACGAAGGCUCUCUUUUUUAAGCAUUUUUUUGUAAGAAGGUUUGUGACUAUACAACUUUAGAAUCGAUGAGUUGUGGCAUACGUUUAAUUUCUCUGUGUCAAACAUGACUUAUGUGCCAAUCUAUAUGAAGCCUCAACAUACUUUCAUGCUCAGAAGGGGUGGGGUGGGAAUUUGAAUCUUACUUAGCUGGGUUGGGAAUUUGAAGUGGAAGUGUGGAGUCUUUCAAGCAGAAUAAAAGUGUUAUAUCUUAAGAUAUGGAGGAAAUGUGUAGUCACAGUCACUGAUUCUGCAUUUGAGGGCAGUUUUUACCUGGUGGGGGGGGGUUUGAACAAAUCAGUCUUCAAAAGUUCAAAGGUCUGGUAUUACUAGAAUGAAGUUGAAGCUGAAAUUGAGCAAACAAGAUCCUAUCUUUGACUUGAAAGAGUAAUCAUUACUGACAUUAACUCUCCUCACAAUUUUAACUCUAUGCAACAGAACAAGCAAUCAAUAUGAGUCUGAAAUUAUAGAUGGGAGGUUGAUGUUCCAAACCCUCAGAGAAAUGCAUAGGAAAUCUCCUUCUGGCUUAUGGAUUGUGAUUAUCAUGAUAACAGCCUUUUGUUGUGCUGACAUUGUACAGUAUUUAACAGAGUAUUUUGUUGUUUUGUUAUGGUAAAUAAAAAAGAGAUCUAGGAAAGACUAUUUUGAAUAAGGGGUCAUGUCUCAUCCAUUUCUUAUGUCUUUGUUAGCAUGUGACCUUGUCUGAUGAUGUGCAUUGUUGGUAUGUGUUAGGUUAGCAGGGGUGUAGCCAGCUUUUU